GGGAGGUAAUUCGUUUUGACUUCCGUUUGAGGUUGGGUUGCAAAAUGUCGCGUCGAAGUAAAAGAAAAUUUUAAUAUUAUCAUAUUUUUGCAAAUAACAAAAUACAGGAGCAUAGACAUGUCUCGACACCGGAAUGUUCGUAGUAUGAACUACGAAGAAUAUUAUGAUGAAGAUGAUGAUUAUAGUCAGUCUGUUGAAGAUAAUUAUUGUAUUUCACCGGGAACAGUUGCUCAGUUUACAUUUAACCGAGAUAAAGAUGUGCAUCAUUUAGCAUCAUACAUGGGUGAUGACAUACCUGAAGAAGGUGAAGAGAGUGAUGCUUCACAUUUAAAUGACUCAGCCAGAAAUAUUCGUAAAACUUUGUCAGAUGUUGACCAAGGAAAAUUAAAUAGCUGUUUAGAUGAAAUUAGAAAUAUAUUAGGUGAUACUAGCACUGAGCAAGUUAUGUCAGAAUGUGUCUUAAAGCAUAAUUUCAACACAGAGAAAGCUCUCAAUGAAUUACUAUCACAAGCAGAGGCACCAAAACCACAAAGACAGCCCAGAGAAAAUAGAAGAAAUAGAUCACAAGAGGCUAGUGCCAGUGGUAUUAUUAAACCAACAGUUAUUCUAAAGAAUCCCCCUAAUGCUAAUGUGACCAAACAAAUAGAUGGCAAUGUUAGUCAGAUUAAAAAUUUGACUGUGAUUCCAAAAAAGGAGCCUAUUGUAGGUUUUAAUCCUGUAGUUUCGGACAGUAAAGAUAGUUUAGUUCCUGAUAAUUCUAGUGUCUCAUUAACUUCUAAAAGUAGUGAAUCUUUAAAUGGUGCCACAGACAGUGUAUCAGGAGAUUCUUUAGUUUCUAAUUCUAAUGCUUUAUUAACGCCUAAACGUGUGGCAAGUGAUUACAGACCUCCAUUACCUAAAUCUAGUUCUAAAUCUAAACCGAAGUUUAAUGUAAUGGAUGAAUAUAAAAAACGAAAAGGAGAAAAAGAACUAAUAAAUAUGGUUGUGAUAGGCCAUGUAGAUGCUGGUAAAAGUACUUUAAUGGGUCAUUUACUGUUUCAACUAGGCUUUGUUAAUAAAAGAACAAUGCAUAAAUAUGAACAAGAAUCUAAAAAAGUAGGAAAAGGAUCGUUUGUUUACGCUUGGGUGUUAGAUGAAACAGAAGAAGAAAGAUCACGAGGUGUAACUAUGGAUGUAGCUCAAACAAGAUUUGAAACCCCGAAAAAAAUAGUCACCUUGCUUGAUGCUCCUGGACAUAAAGAUUUUAUACCUAAUAUGAUAACAGGUGCUGCUCAGGCUGAUGUAGCUGUAUUAGUAAUUAAUGCUACAAGAGGAGAGUUUGAAACAGGUUUUGAUACCGGUGGACAAACUAGAGAACAUGCUUUAUUAUCUAGAUCACUAGGUGUUUCUCAGAUAAUAGUGGCUGUUAAUAAAAUGGAUACUGUAGACUGGAGUCAAGAAAGAUAUAAACAUAUAAUAAAUACUAUUGGACAGUUUUUAAAACAAGCUGGUUUCCGGGAUAAAGAUGUUUCCUUUAUACCGUGUAGUGGUCUUGUUGGUAUUAAUUUAGCAAAGACAAUAGAUGAACCUAAAUUAUCAUCAUGGUAUGAUGGUCCAACAUUAAUAUCUCAGAUAGAUCAGUUUAAAUGUCUAGAUCGUCCCAUUGAUAAACCAUUUAGAUUAAAUGUUGCAGAUAUAUUUAAAAGUGUUAGUGGUGGUUUCACCGUGUCUGGACGUGUUUGUGCAGGACAUGUACAGGCUGGGGACAGAGUACUAGUUUUACCACAUGGUUCACUAGCUAAUGUUAAAUUUGUUUUAAUAGAUGAAGGUCCUACUAAUGUAGCCUUUGCUGGUGAUCAUGUUACUCUAUCUUUAAUUGGUGUAGAAAUGGCUCAUGUUAAUAUUGGCAGUAUGCUGUGUGAUCCUCUUACACCAUCCAAAUGUGCUACAAAAAUUUCAGCAAAAAUUGUGAUUUUUAACCUUGAGGUCCCAAUUACGCGUGGAUAUCCAGUUGUGUUCCACUAUCAGUCUAUAAAUGAACCCGCCAUAAUAAAAAAGUUGGUUAGCCAUUUAAAUAAAAGUACUGGAGAAGUCAUAAAAAAUAAACCGAAAUGUAUUGGUAAAAAUACUAGUGCUGUUGUAGAAAUAGAGUUUGAAAGAUCUACAUGUGUAGAAUUAUAUAAGGAAUUUAAAGAUUUAGGAAGAUUUAUGUUGAGAAAUAAUGGUCACACAAUUGCGGCAGGUGUAGUUGAAGAGAUCUUACAGUCUAAAGCUAAAAGUGAUGAAUAAAUGACAAAUGAAUAUUACAAUAAUUAUGUAAAUUAAAUUGGUUUGAUUGUUUAAGCUAUGCAAAUUUAUUUAAGAUUGAUAUUGAAUGAAUUGUAAUUCUUCUAAAUACAAUGUUUACUAUUGUAAUUAAUUGAUUUUACUUGAAGUAAAUGAACUGCUAUUUAUUAGGAUCUCAUUAUACAGAUUUCUGGUUUUAUUGUGUUAUGGGAUUUUUCUUGGUUUUAUUUAAGUGUAAAUUGUGCAGUAAAAUGCAUCUCAGCAGUGAAUUAAAUUAACAAUAAUGUUAUAUGAUUAGAAACAUUAUUAACCCUCCAGGAGUCUAUGUAUUUCAGUUUGAUGAGGUAUGGAAAGAAUUACUAUUAAGUCAAAAAUAUUAUCUACAUGUCAGUGUAAUAUAUAGGAUACAAUAAAAUUAUAUCCAAUACGA